AUUAGACGCCGUGGAUUUUUCUAGAAAUUUAACCGAGUGAAAUACUAAAGUGCAGUUUAGCAGUGAAGGUAGAAUACUUUGGAAUAGAAUAUUCAAGAUGAUGAAGUUUUUGGUACUGGUAGUAUGCGUGGCGGUAGUGUCGGGGUACUACACGGACGUGGAUGACAAAAUCGACGUCGACCACUUGGUUCAAGACCCCGCUCAGCUGCGCGCCUACAUCGACUGCUACUUGGACAAGAGCCCCUGCACCGAUCAGAUGAUGGGCUACAAAAAGCACAUCGUGGAUGCCGUAGCUAACACGUGCAAGAACUGCAGCCCGCUGCAGAAGCACAAGCUGGAGGAGGUGCUGAAGGUGGCCGUCGUGAAGUUCCCGGAGGCGCUGGUGGAGAUGAGGAAGAAGUACAACAUUGACACCAAACACUUCGCCGACAUGGCCGCCGAACUCGCCAAAUAUGAUUGA